CCCGCGGCGCGGAGCUUGGCGUGACUGGCGGCCGCCGCACGGCGGGGCUCCGGGAGGCGCGGGCCGAGCUCGCAGAGCUGGAGGCGGCGGCUGGUGGCGUCGGCGCGCUGUCCUCCUCCGCGCCCCUCCCCUAGCGCCCGGGAAGCCGCCUCGCCGCUGCUCGGAGCGCGCAGCUGGGCUCGGGGACCCGCGCGGACGCGGGGGUGGAGGGAGCGCGGACUACACCGCCCGGGAGAAGCUGCGCCCGGGACACGCCGAGGGGCACCCUGGCCUGCGCGCCUCGGAGCCAGCGCUGCGCCCCGCCUGCCCAGCCCCGGGGCCCCGCAGUCCCGGAGCCAACCCGUCUGCGUCCCACGACACGCGCGGCACAGCCAUGAACACCAACGACGCCAAGGAGUACCUGGCCCGGAGGGACAUUCCUCAGCUUUUCGAGAGCCUUUUGAAUGGAUUGAUGUGUUCUAAGCCUGAAGACCCCAUAGAGUUCCUAGAAAGUUGUUUGCAGAAAGUCAAGGAGCUCGGUGGCUGUGACAAGGUGAAAUGGGACACAUUUGUCAGCCAGGAGAAGAAGACCUUACCCCCACUGAAUGGAGGACAGUCACGGAGAUCCUUCCUGCGAAAUGUAAUGCCUGAAAAUUCGAACUUUCCUUAUCGACGCUACGACCGACUCCCUCCAAUCCAUCAAUUCUCCAUAGAAAGCGACACGGACCUGUCUGAGACUGCAGAGCUAAUCGAAGAAUAUGAGGUGUUUGACCCCACCAGGCCUCGGCCCAAAAUCAUCCUCGUCAUAGGUGGUCCAGGAAGUGGCAAGGGCACCCAGAGUUUGAAAAUCGCAGAACGUUAUGGAUUCCAGUGCAUUUCAGUGGGAGAAUUACUGAGAAAGAAAAUCCACAGCGCCAGCAGCAACAGGAAGUGGAGUCUAAUUGCCAAGAUCAUCACCAACGGGGAGCUGGCCCCACAGGAAACAACAAUUACUGAGAUAAAGCAAAAGUUGAUGCAAAUGCCUGAUGAAGAAGGCGUUGUUAUCGAUGGGUUCCCAAGGGACGUCGCCCAGGCUCUGUCUUUUGAAGACCAGAUUUGUACCCCAGACCUGGUGCUGUUCCUGGCUUGUGCCAACCAGAGACUCAAAGAAAGGUUACUGAAGCGUGCGCAGCAACAGGGGCGGCCUGACGACAAUCUGAAAGCCACGCAGAGGAGACUCAUGAACUUCAAGCAGAAUGCCGCUCCCCUGGUUAAAUACUUCCAGGAGAAAGGGCUCAUCGUGACCUUUGACGCUGACCGAGAUGAAGAUGCUGUGUUCUAUGACAUCAGUGUGGCGGUUGACAACAAGUUAUUUCCAAACAAAGAGGCUGCAGCAGAUUCAAGUGACCUUGAUCCUUCGAUGAUGUUUGAUGCUGGAGAGGUCCUCGAUACAGGAUCGGAUUUUGAAGAUCAGGGUGAUGACCAGCUAAAUGUAUUUGGGGACGAUAACAUGGGAGGCCUCCUGGAAGAUUUGAGGAAAUAUAAAAUUAUUUUCAUGAUGGGUGGCCCUGGCUCUGGCAAAGGCACCCAGUGUGAGAAGCUGGCAGAAAAAUACGGAUUUACCCAUCUCUCCACCGGCGAACUUCUACGCCAGGAACUGGCCUCAGAGUCAGAACGAAGCAAACUGAUCCGUGACAUCAUGGAGCGAGGAGACCUGGUGCCCUCGGGCAUCGUUCUGGAGCUGCUGAAGGAGGCCAUGGUGGCCAGCCUGGGCAACACCAAGGGCUUCCUGAUUGAUGGCUACCCCCGGGAAGUGAAGCAAGGGGAAGAGUUCGGUCGCAGGAUUGGAGACCCGCACUUGGUGAUUUGCAUGGACUGCUCCGCAGACACCAUGACCAGCCGCCUUCUGCAGAGGAGCCAGAGCAGCCAGCGCGGGGAGGACACCGGCAGGACCAUCGCCAAGCGCCUGGAGGCCUACCACCGAGCGUCCAUCCCUGUCGUAGCCUACUAUGAGACCAAAACACAGCUCUGGAAGGUAAAUGCUGAGGGAGCGCCAGAUCAAGUUUUCCUUCGACUCUGCACAGCUAUUGACUCUGUCCUCUGAAAGUGAACAAGCACAGCUGUUAAGGAAACUGAGAAACAGGAGCAGGAAAUUCAUCCCUAACAGUGUUUCCCCUUUGCCCCGACUCUUACCCCACCCUAACCUGUUCACUUCCCAGCUCAACUCUGUGAGUGGUGCUGGAAAUCAUGCAUGGUGUACCUGGAACUGUACCCUUUCCUCACUUUGGACAGUUCUACCCACUCCGCUACACUUGUUUUUCUUUCAUGAGGCUGCACCUGAGAGCAGUCAGGCUGUAAACAGCAGUGUGGGGCCUGGCCGUGGCAGAUCUGUCCCCAGGGCUGGCUGGAGUCUGACCAUCACACAGGGCGCCAACAUCCCUAACUCUCCAUCACAUCUACCGCCUCUUUCCCAUCAAGAUUUGUUUGAUCUCCCCCAUGUUGGUCCUCAGCCUGGGGGCAGGCUGAUUAGACAAUGCCUUCUGGAGUGCAGAGGCAUCAAGCAAAAACUUGAUGGAAAUGUUUUAUAAUGUGACGUUAUACAGUUUCUUCUAAGCAGGCAACCAUUGGUACCAUUCUGUCAUGGGCCACUGGUACUUGGAACAGUAUCAUUAAUGGCUAACAAUUCCGAUUGGUUACACAACCCACUGUCCUCCUCCACAUGGUGGCGCAUUUCAGCAAGUACAUAAAUUAAUAUCAGUGACUAAAAGUAAUUAAAAGGCAUGAGAUGAUUUGUUACUUCAUUCCUUGGGACAAAACUAUGUUAUAAUUUUGAUCCGAGAGGAUUACCCACUGACAUACUGCCAAGUAAGAGUGAGGCUAUCAUUACUGAUGGGGGGGGUGGGGGUUUGCACGUUAGCGAGCCAGUGUUCUGUGGCUCCCAUGUCCUCUGUGUCUCCUGUGAGCCCUUUUCAUGGGUUUAGAAGCCUUGCAUCAAACCAGUGAAGUUUGGGAUUUUUGUGCUACGAGUUGUCAAACCAGAGCUGCUUCUCUUGGGAAAUUAUCGCAUCCUCCACUCGGUCACUACAUAAGAUUGUGGUUUCCAUUUGCAUGAUUCUUUACUUCAAUGACUCUGCAAAUAAGGGUACAUUUCCAAGACAACUGUGUUUUUAAAAACAUUUUUUUCCCUCGAAACAGAUAUGUAAAAUAAAAUAAAUGGAGGACAGGAGAAUUCUUUCUCUAUUUAUUUGUAACUCACAUCAUUCUGUAAAGCAUGAAAGCCUUAAUUCCAAACAGAAUUAAAAGCAAACACAGUAAAUCAUUGAAAAUUAUGAUCCAUUUAUAUGGUUUUAAUUUUGGUCAUAGACCAGAUCUGAGCUAUUACAGAGAAAUUCUUAAUGUAUUCAUGAUACAUGGUAAUUUUCAUAUUUCUUUUUUUCCCUAGCACUGGUUCUGAAACAGAAAUGU